AUGGCGAUCGAACUUUCGGAAGAUGAUGAUGGCCUAGAUUCUUUGGAUGGGGUUAGCAAAUCCAAGAACCCCAGCGUCCAGAUCUACUACGCCAACCGGGCUUUUUGCCACAUCAAGAUGGAGAACUUUGGCUCCGCCCUGGUGGAUGCCACCAAGGCCAUCGAGGCCAAGGAAGAUUUCCCGAAGGGCUGGUACCGGCGGGGCACUGCCCAAAUGGCGCUGGGACGUCCCAAGGAAGCUUUGCGGGACUUCAUGCAGCUGUGUAAGUUGGCCCCCAAUGACAAGGACGCGCGAGACAAGCUGAAGCAGUGUCAAAAGCAAGUGAACGCUGAGAAGUUUGCGAAGGCCAUUGGCUGUGAAAAGACGAAACCCAUCAGUGAGACCGUGAACGUGGAGCAGAUGCCGGUGGACGCCAGCUACACAGGACCUGUGUACGUCUCUGGCGCUUGCACCAGCGACUUUUGUCAACAGCUCAUGGAGCAUCAGAGGAAGGAGCUCGUGAUCGCCAAGAAGUUUGCCUAUCAAAUCGUUUUGGAUAUGAUUGAAAUGUUGAAGACUUCCAGCACUUUAGUGGACAUCGAGGUCCCAGACAUGGGCGAGGUGACCGUGUGCGGAGAUGUUCAUGGGCAGUUCUAUGAUCUGCUCAAUAUCUUCUCCUUGAACGGAAUUCCCUCCGAACAAAACCCUUAUCUCUUCAACGGCGACUUCGUGGACCGAGGCUCUUUCUCUGUCGAGGUGAUCCUCACGCUCUUUGCGUGGAAGUUGGCGUAUCCGAAUCACCUGCAUUUGGCGAGAGGGAACCAUGAGACCCGGAACAUGAACAAGCUCUAUGGCUUUGAGGGGGAAGUCACCAAGAAGUAUGAUGAAGACCUCUACCAGCUGUUUUGCGAAGCCUUUUGCUUGCUGCCUCUUUGCCAUGUCAUCAACCAGCAGGUCUUCGUGGUGCACGGGGGGCUCUUUUCGAAGGAUGACGUCAGCUUGGAAUCCAUUCGAAAGGUGAACCGGGAUUGUGAGCCACCGGACGAGGGCUUAAUGACCGAGAUGCUCUGGAGUGAUCCUCAACCUGGCCGUGGCCGGGCGCCCUCGAAGAGAGGGGUCGGAGUGGCCUUUGGCCAAGACGUGACUGAAAACUUCUUGAAGGUGAAUAACCUGAAGAUGGUGAUCCGGAGCCACGAGAUGAAAGAGGAGGGCUACGAGAUCGAACACGACGGGAAGCUCGUCACCGUCUUCUCCGCUCCGAACUACUGCGACCAGAUGGGGAACAAGGGCGCCUUCAUCCGAUUGGAUGGCAAGACCAUGACCCCGAAGUACAAGUCCUUCGCCCAUGUGCCCCACCCCAACGUGCGACCCAUGCAGUAUGCCAACCCCAUGUUGGGGCAACUGAUGGGGAUGGCACGAGAACUGUUUCUGAGAGCCUUCGUGGGUGGCUGGGUGCAGAUUGGAGGUGUGGCCUCUUUGAUGACUCGCAUUGCCAGCGUCAUUCGGAAUACGGCAGCGUCGGCGUAUAUUGCGAUCUUUGCCUCCAAUCCCUCCGUGGUGAAUUUGGACAAUGCCGUCAAGAAGAUCAUGGAGAGCGAUCUCAUCCAACGUCCCAACGGCAAUCCCAUCACUCCGAAGACCAUUUAUCACUGGUUGACCGGUAGAGAGACUAUUGCCUACUUGAGUUUGAAGAACAUGAAUCGUUUGAAGAAAUCCUACUCGAUGGCAAAAUUUGCCUGUGUGAAGAACGAGGGCCAAGGCCUCCGUGAUCGUCCAGCCUUCGUGGCCAUGGACGAUGGCACGGGCGCGCCGGUGCCCUUGACGGCGCAGCGUCUCUCGGUGUUCCUCUUGGCGCUGGCCUGA